GGCCUAGAAAAGGUGGCCUAAACAAAGCUCAUCUCCCCCUUCACCCGGUUGGUUAACCGCAGGCCAACGGGCAUCUUCCUCCAAUGCGGUCGCACAAAGAUCAAAAGACAAAGGCAUGCACCUGCCUCCAAAGGUGUACCUAAAUUAACUCUAGCAUGUUGGAACAUCACAACCAUGCUCGAUUCUGCAGAUGGCGGACGUCCUGAGCGUCGGUCUGCCCUAAUUGCCCAUGAGCUGGCUCGUCUCAACAUCGACAUUGCCGCUCUCAGUGAAGUUCGCCUUCAUGAAGAAGGCAGCCUCAGAGAACAUGGUGCCGGUUACACACUCUUUUGGUCAGGCAAGCCCAGAACCGAAAGGCAUCUCUCAGGAGUUGGCUUCAUGAUCAAAAACUCCAUUGUUCCUAAACUCGAAAAUCUGCCAACAGGUCACUCUGACCGCAUUAUCUCCCUAUGCCUUCCACUAAACAACAAACAACAUGUUGUCAUCUUUAGUAUAUAUGCCCCAGUUCUCCAAGCUGACCCUGAUGAAAAAGAUAAGUUUUACACUGACCUGUGCCUCCUUACCCAAAAGGUUCCUGCAGACAAUAAGAUCAUUAUCCUUGGUGAUUUCAACGCCAGAGUAGGCAAGAAUUUUGAAGCCUGGAAAGGAGUAUUAGGCAAGCAUGGUGUUGGAAACUGCAACGAUAAUGGUCGACUUCUGCUAGAAUUCUGUGCGGAGCAAAAACUCACCGUCACUAAUACUAUCUUUCAGCAGAAAGAUAGUCUGAAGACAACCUGGAUGCACCCCCGUUCUAAGCAUUGGCACCUCAUUGAUUAUGUCUUGGUGCGACGGAGAGACGUCCGCGAUGUCCACUAUACCCGCGUGAUGCCCAGUGCAGAAUGCCAAACAGACCAUCGGCUUGUGUGCUAUACAGGAGAAACCCUCAAGGCCAUACAGCAGGUGAAAAUCGGCAAGGCAACUGGAGUUGAUGGAAUUACACCUGAAGUCUGGAAAUAUGGGGGCCUUACACUCCACACCAAAUUUCAUGAGUUUGUGGUGCGCUGUUGGGAGCUCGGUGAACUACCAUCAGACCUUCGUGAUGCAGUCAUCAUCACUUUGUAUAAGAAGAAAGGAAUUAGAUCAGAUUGCUCAAACUUCCGUGGUAUUACUCUGCUCUCCAUUGCUGGCAAAAUCCUGGCAAGAAUACUCUUGAACAAACUAAUACCCACUAUAGCAGAAGGUAUCCUUCCUGAAAGUCAGUGUGGUUUCAGAGCCAACAGAAGUACCACAGACAUGGUAUUUGUCCUCAGACAACUGCAAGAGAAGUGUAGGGAACAGAACAAAGGUCUCUAUGUGACCUUUGUCGACCUCACCAAGGUUUUUGAUACUGUGAGCAGAAAAGGUCUGUGGGAGAUUUUGGAACGUUUAGGUUGUCCCCCCAAGUUCCUUAAAAUGAUCAUCUCACUCCAUGAGGAUCAGCACGGCCAAGUCAGAUAUGGCAACACACUUUCUGAGCCCUUUUUAAUUAAGAAUGGCGUGAAACAAGGCUGCGUUCUCGCUCCUACCCUAUUCACAGUCUUCUUUAGCAUGAUGUUCCAAAGGGUCACGGCAGACCUCGAUGAUCAGGACGGUAUCUACAUUCGAUAUCGUACUGAUGGAAACCUAUUCAACCUAAGGCGACUGAAGGCCCACACCAAGACAUUAAACCAUCUUGUCCGGGAGCUGCUUUAUGCUGAUGACGCUGCCCUUGUUGCCCACACAGAAGCAGCCCUGCAGCGUAUAACAUCCUACUUUGCAGAUGCUGCUGAGCUCUUUGGACUGGAAGUCAGCUUAAAGAAGACAGAGGUCCUCCAUCAGCCUGCACCUCAGGAUGUCCCCCAUCAUCCCCACAUCACCAUUGGUCAAUCAGAGCUCAAAUCAGUCCAACAGUUUAAUUACCUCGGUAGCCUCAUCUCCUCAGAUGGUAAGAUUGACGGAGAGAUAGACAACAGAUUAGCAAAGGCAUAUAGUGCUUUUGGAAAACUCCAUAAAAGAGUAUGGUGUAAUAAACACUUGAAGAAAAGCACCAAGAUCAGUGUUUACAAAGCCAUAGUGUUGUCUACUCUCUUAUAUGGAUCUGAAUCAUGGGUCAUCUACCGCCACCACCUGCGUCUCUUAGAACGCUUCCAUCAACGCUGCCUCCGUACAAUUCUAAACAUCCACUGGUCAGACUAUGUGACCAACACAUCUGUUCUAGAGCAAGCAGCUAUCACAAGUAUUGAGGCCAUGCUGAUGAGAACACAGCUGCGUUGGGCAGGUCAUGUCUCCAGCAUGAAUGACCACCGUCUCCCUAAGAUCUUGCUUUACGGUGAACUUGCCACUGGCUGCCGCAUGAGAGGAGCCCCGAAGAAAAGAUACAAGGACUCCCUGAAACAACAUCUCAGCCUUGGCCAUAUUGAUCACCAUAACUGGUCCACUCUGGCCUCAAAUCGGGAGGCCUGGAGACACACCAUCUAUAACGCAGCUGUCUCCUUUGAGAACACACGCAGGAUCACCCUUGAGGAAAAAAGGCAACGCAGAAAGAACCGUGUAUUGCAGAAUACACCAUCUAAGGAAUCUUUCUGCUGUGCCUUUUGCAAUCGGAUAUGUCUGUCCCAUAUUGGCCUCAUAAGCCACCAGCGUGCCUGUAGCAAAUGUGGAUAGAGCCUUCCCAAAUCUUCGUUCGCGAAGCCUAGCCAUGAUGAU